AUGGACGAGGACGAUGUAGUUGUGUGGGAAUGGUUUUCCGACCACGGACGAUGGCGAGCUUACGAUCCGUCCGUGGUCGUCGAAUUGGAAGCGGCAUAUGGCAGAGAGACCACCCUGGCACUGGCGGAUGUUGACCCAGCCUUGUCAUCUUAUGAAAUAGAUUUUUCAGCCAUGCAACAGUAUCGGACCACAUCUCUUUACUUUGAUCUCAUUGCAGGCAAUGCCAGGCCAAUCAGGAGAAGAACGCUACCAGGCAGUUCACCAGCAGGACAAGGUGUUGAAUGGCAGUGGGAAGACAACAGUGGAUGGAUCCAGUAUGACCUAGACACCAGUACAAUAGUAGAGGAUGCCUACAACAAGAAAUUGCACUCCAUAGACUUGUCAAGGACCAGGUGUCACUUACCCUACAUCAUAGACUUCUCUCAGAUGAUGCAGAUACGUAGGACUUCAGGGUUUAAGCGGAAACUACGGAGGGUGGUACUAACCGAGUUAUAUCCCAAGGUGACCAAUGUUGUGUCACCGAUCGAGGUAUCCAGUGGCAGUGAGAGUCCAGAGCUGAGUGCUGUUUUAGAGGUGGACCCAGGAGUGGUUGAUGAGGCUGUUAUGAAGGAAAGUGAGAAUGCGAAUGUGACGUUAGAAUCAUGCCAGAUUCAAAUGACGGAUGAUGUAGGUGGAGAGCAGCUUUCAGAAGCUGUAGAACUAUCCCGGCCAACAUCGUUAUCAAUAUCGGAACCCAUCAAAGAAACAGAUAUAGACAGUGCAAUUUCACCGAGCCCUGCCACAUCGACAACACCAAAUGUGCCUCAGGUAGUGGAGCCUACAUCCACGGGAACUGCAACACAGAGAGCGGGAAAGAGAACUCACGGCAAGCGAUCUUCUUCUCGUAAAGCCGUAGCCGCAACUAGAGAUGUGCAGGCCACAGUAGCAUGGACGAGUCCAGGAGAUGCGGAUGUUGCCAGUACAAGUUCAGCAGGUUCCUCUACAGGAAGUGCAGGGAGAAGCAGUUUACCAAGAUCGGUGAGCGUACCGGCAUCCAUGGCUUCCGGUCAGUCAAGCGAGGGCAGCAAGAAGCACACCACGGCUAGUCCAAGCUCUGGCUCCGGUCUGGGAAUGCCACCUCUCACCCAGAGUGCGACCAUGUCCCAGCUGGCCACUGCAGCUGCUGCUACAACAUCAAGGAUGAGAAAGUCUCACUCGACACCUUGUACCAUCCAGACUAGGACGGCCAAUGCAGCGGGUGCAAGGCUCAGCCCAGUUAUGACAGCUAUGACGAGCAUUUUGCUCUCCACAGCCUUGCCCAUCAAGCUGGUACCCGUCAGGACCCCCAUCUACUCCCCACCCAACUCUGGAGGGAUCCGCCCAGUGGAGGGGCUCAAACCACGCAAGAAGAAGAGGAAGAUAUCGCUCAGGGGAAAGACGGCGGAGGAAGUGAUUGGGAAAUACGUUGAGAAAGAGGAGAACCUUCCUGAUGAGGAAUGUCCUAUAUGUUUUGAGAAGCUGUGCAAUAUAUCACAUUACAACGAAGAUGAGGAAGAGGGAGAAAGUGUUCUUAAACUUGAUAGAUGCGGUCAUCUUUUUCAUCAAAGUUGUCUCUAUGCAAUGUAUAACAGUGGACCAAAGGAUGGUAGUAUACAAUGUCCGACCUGUAAAGCCAUCUAUGGUGUAAAAUGUGGCAAUCAACCUCCUGGGUCUAUGGACUACCAUGUCAUACCGCAUUCCCUCCCAGGAUUCUCAUCAUGCGGGACUAUACGUAUCAUCUACAGUAUACCACCAGGAACACAGGGUCCAGAACAUCCAAGUCCAGGCAGAAGAUAUUCAUCUAGGGGAUUCCCCAGAAUGUGUUAUCUACCAGACAAUGAAAUAGGAAGAAAGAUUCUCCAGCUUCUCAUCAUUGCGUGGGACCGACGGCUCAUCUUCACCAUCGGCACAUCGGUCACCACAGGAGAGCCCAACACCGUGGUUUGGAACGAGAUCCACCACAAGACCGAGUUUGGUUCCAACGUGACGGGCCACGGCUUCCCGGACCCCAACUACUUUACUAACAUCCUUGGAGAGCUGGCAUCGCAGGGAGUAACGGAAGACUGUCUGGAUGAUUGCUGAGAUGACAUCGCAAGGAGAUGGAAGGAUGUUUGCAGAACAGUUGCUUUGAUAGGCUGAUAGUGAGGAGGCAUGAUAGCUCAGUAGAGCGGUGGUCUAGCAUGCACCACUGACCUUUAAGAGGACCUUAUGCUCUCGGUCCUCUGGUGCUUGUUUUAAAGCAUUCUUGUUAUUUGACAAUCGUAUAAAAAAAAAUCACCACUACCACUACCGCUUCAUCAAUUUCAUUUCUCAAGACUUCAAACAGAACAGUAUUAUCUUGAAGCAUAUAGAUUGUCUGAAUUCUUUCAAACCUUACCCACCUGUUUUCACUUUUUACACAAUUACACCUGUUACAAAGUAUCUGGAUUUCCUUGAUGUUUGGAUUACCAUGUCUUUAUCAAAUUGUUAUUCAGGUCGAGUUGGAUAAUCAAUCCAACUUUUUUUUUCAUGUUUGAUUUUGAUAUGUUCCUGUAGUGCCUCGUGUUGCAUAUUAUGGGUGGAAUUCACAAAUGUCAUUUUAAUUUAGACCAUGGACUAUUUUAUUUUGUGACAUAGGUACACUUCAUUUGGCGUAUGCACUUGGAAUUAUCCAGUGAAUCUUGGUUUAAAAUAAUCUUUUAUGGCUUAUAUGAACACAGGCUGAGAAAGUUAUAAACCUCAGUCAUGUUCUAAACCAAGCAAACCAUAAACAAAUGUACGAUAUUACAUCUAAACCUACCACAUAUGACAUGACCUGUGUUGGCUUCAUUUCUAUUAAAAAAAAUUGAUAUUAACAUUCAAUGUAGUAGCACCUGUUUCCACCACCAUAUCAGGUGCUUUUGUUGUUUGCUCCAAAAGAAACACAAUGUCAUCUCAUUCCAAGGAUGCAUUGCUUGUGGUGUUUUGCAGUUUGAAUGGAAUUGUUCAAAAAGCAACCGUCUCAAGUGUCACUUCAUAUAUUUAUAAUAUCAAUCAUGAUUUGUGAUGCUAUCGGCAUAUUGCAGUAGACUAUGCUUAGAAAUAGAAAUGGUUUAUUGAACAAAAAUCAUUUGUGGCCCAAAAGGCGAAAUUACAGAUUUUCAAACAUAAAAACAAUUAUCACCCGUAACAGACAUCUGAGCUGGUCGUUUACAAAACCGUAUUUCCCUGUAUUUUAUUAUUAUCAGGAAGGGAUAGGUAUAUUGUUUGUAUUUUCCUCGGUCUCAAUGCGCGUAUUGACUUUGCAUGCAGAGACGACGCAAAAUAUACCUUUGUAUUUUCCCUGGUCUCACAUCCGGGCCUUUGACGAUGCGAAUGAAGUGAUACGCUUCAUAAUGUUCCGCGCACCAACGAUCUACGUCAUAAUAAAGACAACGCUGGAUCUGGGCGCUUGCAAGUACGUCAUAAUGGUAAAGUGCAGAGCCUAGACACUGAUAUUAUCAUGACACAACAGAACUCUAUUCUUAAAAGAUAUCACUGUUAUCAUGAUUUUUUGCUCUAGAUAUCUGAUUUGGAUGGUAAUAAAAAUAUUGACUGCCCUUCUUUCGGGGAACAUCAAAUAUAUUGCCCUUAAAAGACCCAUACUGCCCUCGUCUAAAGACUCGGGCCAAUAUGAUUCUUUUGCUGGCAAUAUAUUUGAUGUUCCCCUCAAGACCAAUCAAUAUUAUAUAAAUGUACAUCAAUAUUGCUACAACAUAAUGAAAGAAGUAAAAUAAUUUCAAAAUACAUUGAAAAAAAAUAAUGCCUGAGGAAAAUAAUUUUUAGGGUGAUUUGGCCAUUAAUCCUAAUCAAAGGCUCACAAGUGAAUGAAAUUUUUGAUUUUAGGUAUUCCUAUUUCCUUGGAACAUCAAUUAGAAUGAUUUCACUUUUAUUUUUAAAACACCUGUUUUAAAGCUAAUUUCUAAUUCUUACAAUAUCUAUGCACAGUCGGGUCAUGUGAUGUGCGGUCACUGUGGUAGGCUACGCAUUUGGUCUACUUCCCAGAUAGUCUAAUACCACAUAGACUAAACCCAUGUGGUCUACAAUCAAUGUGGUCUAAUUGCCGUUUGUUCUGCACUACACUUGGUCUAAACCUACUUUAGUCAAAUUCUCAUUUAGUCUGAUGGAUAUUAGACAAAAUGGUAAAUGGGCUGAAUGGCAAUUAGACCAAAUGGCUAGUAUGUGGAGCGUUGUGGCCCAGUGGAUUAGUCUUCUGACUUUGAAACAGAGGUUCGUGGGUUCGAAUCCCAGCCAUGGCGUAAUUUCCUUCAGCAAGGAAUUCAUCCACGUUGUGCUGCACUCAACCCAGGUGAGAUGAAUGGGUACCUAGCAGGAAUUUAUUCCUUGAAAUGCCACCGUGCUGUAUCAGGCUGCAGGGCUAAAGCGAGGGUAAUAAUAUCCAAGUCCUUUGGAAGCGCAUAGGGACGUUAUGACAUAAUGUGAUAUGCGCUAUACAAGAACUGCGUUAUUAUGAUUAUAUAGUAGACGAACUCUGAUGAGACCAUGCGGGAUGAGAUAAAGUGGAAAGUAGACAAAGUGGGUGUAAACCAAUCGGUAAUUUGCUAGCUUUUGGAAUGUGUCAUUCCUUGCACUGCGAUACUCUCAUUCUUUGUAAACUUCCAUGCUAUAUAUGAAAUGACACACAUUUAUUGCAUUUCAUGUUCAGCUAAUGUAAAAAACUCAAUUUUAGAGUUUUUUGCUUAUGAUAAAAUGAGCCAUAAUGCACAGAGAUGUAUUAUACUCAGUGGUUUGGUACACCAAGUCAUUUUUUUAAACAAUUUUUAUGUCAGUUUUAAAGUUGGAUAUAGAUCAUCAUACUAAAAACAUUGGGACAUAUCUAUUAGAUGUGUGUGUGUGUUUUUUAAAGCCUUUGUAGGCAGUAGGGAGUUGAAUUGAGAUAAGGCUUUAUGGUUUUUAGAAUUUAGGAGCUUAUAUUCAUAAGUACCAAAAUCUCGAAUGAAUAAAGUGAGUUUUGUUUGCCUGUAUAUCAACUUUCGAUAUUUAUAAACAAUUAUAAUGCAUUGGACAUUGUACAAGUUAACUUACAUUCAUUGGAUCUCUUUUAUCUUCUGUUCAAUCAAUCUAAUCGUGGAUUUAACUAAAAAUUGAUUGAACAUGUAUCUUGAACAUGGGUAUCAUAAAACAAGUGUGUGUGUGUGUAUAUAUAUGUGUGUUUUAUCACCGCAUAUAUCUUGUACAUAUAUAAACACUGUCAAAUUGAUCUUGCAACAUUAAGUGUGUGUAGAUGGUGAACCAAAAUCAUAUAUAGAUAUUAUGUUAAAUGUUACACAUCUGCACACUAAGAAUUCUUUUCCUCAUAUGAUGCAGACACUAUUGAAAAAAAAAGGGUUGUAUAAAAUCUUUGUAAGUCUAUUUUUGUAUCAUAGAUUGCAGCAUUUUUUCUAAAGACAAUGAAAAUUAUGAAGAGUUAUUGCUUUAAUUGAUUCUGAGUAAGCCAGGGAAAAAUAUGUUAUCAAAGACAUAUUUAGGCCUACCAAAUACUAAUAUCAAGUUUAGAUAAUGAGAUUGAACAUAGUAAGUUUUAGGAUGGCUUCCUCUGAGGUUUUUGCAGUGAUGUGCUAGAUACAUAAUCAGUUUCAGGUUUUAUAGCACAAAGUGGAAGUGUCACUUCAUAGAAAAAAGAUCGGAAAUAAAAAUUAGAUUUCCUCAUUCAGAUUAAACUAGCUUAGCAACAUUUUCAGAAUGCAUUCCUGGGGAGAAAGUUCACCUUUUUUGUGCUAAUAAAUGUGCAUUGUAAGCUUCAAGUCUUCAAAAGUUUGUUCAAACUUGUGCAGACAAACUGAUUUCAUCAUGAUUUCAUUAUGUUGUCAUGAUGUGUCAUAUAGUCUGUGAUUUUACGAACCGGCUCAAACCUUGACAGGUCUCCAAAACAUGAUUUUGAGAUAAUCACGUUCAAAAGUUUGGAUGUUUUUCAGAUGCUCAUAACUUUGCACUUUGAAAGAAACUAGAUCAAUUAUUUAUACCAAUUUACAGCAUGCAUUCUACUAUUUUAUAAUAUACAAAAUUUUGUUCCCAAUUCAAAUUCAGUUUUUCAAUAUUUGAAAUGAAGCGUAGGUAUGCAUUUCAGAAACUGCUACUCU